ACUGAGCUGUGAGUUGCUUUUGGAAGAAGUGCCUUACAGUAAAGAUACUUUUGUGAUAGAAACAUUUGCACAAACCUUAAUUAUUAUUAUUAUUAUUAUUUAUUCUAUUGUCGGCGGAAAUCAGGUUCUCUUCCUGUUGAACGAAGAGGAGAUGGAGUUAAACCAACAUAGUUGUUGUUCUCAGCAUGGUCGAUGGUGCAUUUGCACCGAAGCAUUGCUCGCUUUGAACGACUUAAGACAGAAAACCUUACUAUGUGAUGCAGUGUUGAGGUUAGAAGACGGUGGCGUUUUUCCUGUCCACAGAGUGAUCCUGUCGGCGUGUAGUACAUAUUUCAGGUACCUUUUCACCACAUUUGAUACCAAGGAGCAGAAUGAAAUUCUCCUGCAAGGAAUAAGCUCCUACAUAAUGACACAGAUAUUGGAUUAUGUUUAUUUGAGGAAGAUACACAUCCACUGCGACAACGUGUGUCAGCUGCUUGUGACAGCUGAUUACUUGUGCGUGCUAAGCGUCCUUGAGCUCUGCUGCGAGUUCCUCAAGCACAAGUUGGGCUUCGAGAAUUGUAUCGGCAUCAUGCUUUUCGCAAGGUGUUACUUCUGCACCGACCUUGAGAAUCAUGCUCGUCGUUUCAUUUUGCGCCACUUCGUGCAAGUGUCGCAGCAGAGCGAAGAACUGCUGGAACUGCCUGCAGAGGAGCUGCAAGCGAUAAUCGGGUCGGAAGACCUGAACGUGAAGAACGAAAAAGUUGUGUGGGAGUGCAUUCUCCGGUGGAUUAACCACGAUCCGGACAACAGAAAAAGCCACUUCGUGGACCUUUUUAUGAACGUCAGGAUAGGACUACUAGAAACACGUUUCUUCCACGAAAAGGUAAGAAAUCACCCUUAUGUGAAAGAAAAUAUGGCGUGCAAACCCAUGAUCGUUGAGAUGCUCACGUUUCUGUACGACGUGCAAACGAUAACGAAGAAAGCAGAGAGAGUCCUGUUACCAAAGAUUGCCUACCCGCGAAUCCCACAGGAUAUUCUGUUUGCUAUUGGUGGCUAUCGUGACGGAAUCCCGACAGAUGUGAUUGAAACGUACGACACACGAGCAGACCGAUGGAUUAACAUGGAGGAGGUCGACCCAUUCGGUCCGCGAGGCUACCAUGGCACGGCAGUAAUCGGUUUCAACAUUUAUGUCCUCGGUGGUUUCAACGACGUGGAAUACUUGAACUCAUGUCGCUGCUUCAACGCCGUUACGAAGACAUGGAGCGAGGUGGCGCCUAUGAACUCCUGCAGAUCUUACUUUUGUGUGGCAGUGCUGGGAGAAGUAGUUUACGCUAUUGGCGGGCAUAAUGGCUUUCAUCGAUUCAAAACUGCAGAGCGGUAUGACUACAACACGAACCAGUGGUCUUUGAUCGCUCCCAUGAGCACUGAGCGAUCCGAUGCAAGCGCUACUGAGCUGAAUGGUAAAAUAUACGUCGUUGGUGGGUUUAAUGGUUGGAAUUAUAUGAACUCAGCAGAAGUGUAUGGCCCAGAGACCAACCAGUGGACAUUGAUUUCACCGAUGCUUUCUCAGCGAACCGGCGUUGCUUGCACUGCCCUCCACGGCUGUGUUUAUGCCAUAGGAGGAUUUAACGGGAUAUCACGCGUUUGCAGUGGUGAGAAGUAUAACCCUGCAACAAACACGUGGACCCAGAUCCCUGAAAUGUACGAACCACGCAGCAACUUCGCCAUUGAAGUGAUGGACGACAUGAUCUUCGCCAUUGGUGGAUUCGGUAACGUGGAUGCCACCUACUGCGUCGAAUGUUACGACGAAAUAACAAAUACAUGGUACGAGGCGACACACAUGAAUAUUUAUAGAUCAGCGUUGUCGGCCUGCAUAGUCAAGGACCUACCGAAUGCAAGGGAUUACGUUUAUAAGCACAGGGAAAGAUUACUGGAAGAUUUACGUCAAAAUAAGUUGGCCAUGGAAAUUCAUGGAGACCUGGAAUACGAAGCCCUCGGCGACAACAUCAAUUUUGAUUUCGAUUUUUAAGAAAACGACGAUGACUGGGACUUGGUGUAACGUCCGCGAUGAGAAAACAGGAUGGGACAAAAAUAAAUAUAAAUAUUGUUUGCAUCAGGAAAGGAAACAUUAUUUCUCCUCAGCAUUUUAUGUUAAAUUUCGUUAAACACUGGAAUUUUGAUAUAUACAUAUACAGUAUUAAAUAUAACAGCCAAAUAUAGGCAAGCCCAAAAUAGAAGCACUAUUAACACAAAGCAAAAUAAAUUAAGAAAUAUAAAUAAAAACAAAUAAUCCACCUAAGGAACACUAACUAAGAUAACUAAGCUAGAUCAUCUAUCAAGACAACCUAUCUAGAUCAUUUCACUUAUUGAGAACGUGCCCUCAAGGGAGACAAUGUUUAUGCUAAAUACGUCCAAGGAUUUACAUAAUAAUUGUAUUCGAAAGACGCUGUCAUAAAAUAAAAUUGUAUCAUAUAUGUAGCACGUGCUUAAAACAAUAUGUAUCCCGGAAAUAGCUGCUGCCCUAUGUACCUUAGGGACAUGGAAGUACAUGCUCUGUAAAGUGGUGAACAGAUGGAAUAAUAAUAAAUAACAUUUUUUUAUAAUUUUCAGAA